GAGGAUAAUGUUGAUGCCGAAAAUGAAAUUAGUAUCUCAAAAUCUGUUCGAAAUCGCCGUAAAUCAACCAAACAAAUCGACAACAGUAGUGGCCUUCGUAAACCUAAAUGUGCUCGUUGUCGUAAUCAUGGAAUGAUAUCCUGGCUCAAAGGUCAUAAACGACAUUGUCAUUUUAAAGAUUGUCGUUGUGCUAAAUGUAAUCUCAUAGCUGAACGACAACGGAUAAUGGCUGCACAAGUUGCUCUCAAACGACGACAAGCGGCUGAAGAUGCAAUAGCUAUCGGAUUACGAGCAAUGGCAACCGGAGCACAGGCCGUUAAUGGUUAUUUACCACAAGGACCAAUAUUUGGUCUAGAAAUAACGGAACCAGAAACAAAAAGAUCUAAAUAUUGUCAAGAUUCAACACCACCACCAGAAAUUAAAGAAUCAGAAAUAGCAGCCGAUAUUCCAAUUGUCUCUAAAUCAUGUGUUGAAAAGACUAAACAGCCAUCACCAUCAAUAACAUCGAAAGGUAAUUCGAAUAUCGGAAGUAAUGGCAAACGGAAUACAAUUAAAGCUCAAUCUGGCAAAUCGAGUAAUGUACGAUGUUCAAAAUCAGAUUCUACUAUUAUUAAUCGACAAGAAAAUGAAAUGAUCAUGGCCGAUAUUGUUACACCUGUCAAUAGAGCUAAAUUAUUGGAUGAAAAUUUAUCAUUAUUGACUGAUGUUGCCGAAGAUUAUCGUUCUGGACGUGCAUCACCAAUAUCAACAUUGACUCGUCUAUUUCCGGAACAAAAACUUCAAGUCAUAGAACUAGUAUGGCAAGCUACGGAACAAUCAAUGAUUAAAUCUAUAGAACAUUUUCUAUCGAUUGAUGAAGCAGCAGCAUUAAAACAUAAUCUAAUGCAAAAAGAUCAUAAUCUCAAGAGUUUGUUCUGUAAACAUCAAAUCAAACAACAAACAACAACACCACCACCGUCAUCAAUUCCUGUUCAACAUCAACAAUUGAAAUGUAAUCAUCAAUUAUCAUCUCGAAUUACGACCGGCAGUAGUAUAAAUCAGAUCAGUCAUACCAAUCGACAACAACAACAACAGCAACAACAAUCAAAUCAAUCAUCAUCUUGUAAUUCAGAUAUAAUAACUCAUCAAUCAAUGCCACAAUCAUUACCUUAUGAUUACAAUAAAGCAACUGCAUUCUAUAGCCAUCCAUCAUGGAACACUCAUCUUGUACCACCUUCAAUAUCUACGGCUUCAACAUUACCGAUGACUGCUGCAUCAAUUUCCACACGAACAACGACAACAGCACUGCCAUCACUUCCGCUUGCAACACCAUCACCAUUGUUACUAUCAAGUCAUAAUACACUUCCAAUUCAUGGUAACAAUAAUCAUCAUCAUCACCAUCUUCAUUCAUUUCCUUUCAAUCCAAUGUUCAAUAGCCCAUUUUUUCCGUUUCCAAUGAAUACGGCGGCCAUUCCAGUUAGUUUGCUACCACCGUUGCCUCAUUCAAUCGAUACGGGUCGUAAUCAACAUCAUCAUAAUGAUUCCUGUUUCAAUUGUGACGAUUCUUCUACAUCUUUUUCAUCGAAAACAAGCAAUAAAAUAAUGCCACAACAUAUGAUGGGCUCAACAUCUACACUAUAUGGUAUAACACCCAUUGUAACAAAGUCUAAUUGCAACAAACUUAACAUGAGAUCAUCUCACGGAUCUACAUCGACAUCAGCCAAUGAUGAACGAAUAUUCAAUGUGUUAGCUAGUACAAGUCCAAUGAUACAUUCUGAGAAUUCAACUACAUCUCCUACCUCAUUGUCACGAUCAUGUGGACAGUUAUUAACACCGGUGCUGCCAUCGAUUAUGAUGCCAAUGUCACAUACAUCCGGAUCAUUGUUACCAUUAGUGGCCGAUUCAUCGAAUUCAUCACCACCAUUACUUUCGGCAAACACCACCACCACCAAUAAUUUACCUUCCAUGAUGAACCAUUUAUUGUUUGAUCCAUUCCAUCGUCAUUUAGCACAUAAAGCACAACUACCAAAAACAACAAUGAUGGACAACAAUAGUUUGGCCGAUACAUUUCGAUCCAAUCGUAUGCAUGCAAGUGCAAGUAAUAAUUCGGAUGCUGUCGAUUUGACCAAAACAGUCUCAUCAUCAUCAGCUACGUAGUAGUAAAU